AUGAAUGUGUAUCCUGGUGCAGAAUUAGAGAAUCUAAAAAACUUUAAGGUGCUUAAUUUGUACCGGAAUUACCUCAAUGGAACUCUGCCAAUCCAAGAGUUGAUGGGGUUCAGUAGUUUGGGGAUAUUAGAUUUGAGCUACAAUAACUUGGAAGGUUCCAUCCCUCCAAAUAUAGGGAAUCUAUCCUCCCUUAAGGCAUUUUCCGUUGCUCGGAAUUUACUUGCUGCUUCUUUGCCCUCAGGUCUGUGCCAACUGAAGAGACUACAAGAGUUGGAUCUUAGCCAAAACUACUUUGAAGGAAUCCUUCCCCCAUGUCUAUACAAUUUAACGUUUAUUGGGUUGUUGGAUGUCUCAGAUAACAAUUUUAGUGGAACCCUUUCAGCGUCUUUGAUACACAGCCUAACAUCUUCUUGGUAUCUUGAUUUUAGUUACAACCAUUUUGAGGGUUCAUUCUCACUAAGCUCCUUCAAAACUCAAUCCAAGCUUGAGGUACUCCAAUUCGCAAGCAACAAUGGUAAGUUGCAGAUUGAUACUGAGAAUCCUCCAGGGUGGUUUCCCUCGUUCCAAUUGAAGGUUUUGGCACUGUCUAACUGUAGUCUCAACAAUCAUACCAACAGCAUUCCUAAUUUUCUCCGCCACCAGUUCCACCUGCAGAUAGUUGUUCUCACAACAAGUUGCGUGCAAGUUUUCCUGUUACCACCAUUCGCUAUGACCAACGCAGUUAUGGUGGAUGUAUCAGGCAAUCAAAUUCACGGUCUUCCGGAGAAUAUUGGGAAAAUCCUUCCACACAUGGAGUAUCUAGAUUUAUCAAGAAACGCUUUUGAGCAAGAUCUGCUACCCUCCAUUGGUGACAUGAAAAAUUUGCAAGUACUGGAUUUAUCUUACAAUAAUUUCUCUGGAGAAAUCCCCAAAGAACUAACUGUCGGCUGCAAUGAUUUGCGCGUUCUAAUGUUAUCUGGUAACAAACUUCAUGGACAGAUUUUUCCGAUGCUCUACAACUUGACUCAAUUACGUGUGUUGCAAUUAAGGAACAACUACUUCAGUGGGAAUCUGUCAAAUGUGAAAGCAAAAGGAAGGGUACUUGGCAACCUGGCGCUAUUGGACAUUGGUUACAACUUUAUGACAGGGAAUAUUGGUAACUGGAUAGGUAAUGUGACGUAUCUGGAUAUACUUGUGAUGCGGAACAAUUAUUUGGAGGGUCAGUUCCAAUGUGAAGGCAUUUCGCGUUCUGUGUACUAUUUAGACCUUUCUCAUAAUCUCCUUUCUGCUCCACUCCCCUUAUGCCCUCGUUUACAGCACUUAUACUUACAGGGGAACAAAUAUAGUGGAUCAAUAUCAGAAGCUUUUCUCAACACUUCACAGCUUUUGGUAUUAAACCUCCGGGAUAACAAUCUUUCAGUGAGCAUCCUUGGUAUUAUUGGCUUGUUGACUAGCUUGAAAGUUCUUUUAUUGAGUCAAAAUCUUCUAAGUGGUUUGAUUCCAGAAGAACUAUGUGAAUUGAAACAAAUAAGCAUGAUGGAUCUCUCCCUCAACUCCUUCUCCGGGUCAAUUCCCCCCUGUUUCCAGGGUAUCAGAUAUGGAACUUUGAAGAAGGAUUAUGUGCUUCACAGCACUGCCGAACAAUCUGUCACAAAUGUGGAAGUUGACUUCUUGACAAAACAUAGAUCCAACACCUAUAAAGGUGGCAUUCUUAAUUUCAUGUCGGGAUUAGAUUUGUCAUGUAACAAACUAUCCGGUAGGAUCCCGUACGAGGUUGGAAAUCUAGCCUGGAUUCACACACUAAACUUAUCCUACAAUCAAUUGACGGGACCAAUCCCGAAAUCUUUCUCAAAUCUCACCCAAAUUGAAAGCUUAGACCUUUCACACAAUAUGUUGAGUGGAGAAAUCCCUUCAUUACUGAUCAAUCUCUAUUUCCUCGAAGUGUUCAGUGUGGCAUACAACAACUUAUCAGGUAGAAUUCCAGAUAUGAAAGCUCAGUUUGGGACAUUUGAUAGAAGCAGUUACGAAGGAAAUCAAUUUCUUUGUGGACAGCCCUUGAACCAGAACUGUAGCAUCGUGUCACCGCAUCCCCUGAUAAAAUUCGUAGAUCAAAGUAAGGAGAAAUGGUAUGGUAUUGAUCCUGUGCUCUUCUCCAUUCCUUCAUUUGGUUUGUGGAAUGUGGGGGUUUACAGAAGUGUCGGCACUUUGUGA